AUAAAUUCAGUUGCUAAAAUAAAGAGUUUAACUAGUUAAUGAAUUUGGCUAUUUUUAUUAAUUAAAAUAUUGGAAAAUUAUUUCUACCUUGUCUAUGGGUUUAGAAUAUAAUUUAAGCCAACCAUUUUAAACACAUUAAUGACACCUAGAAAUAGGAUAAAUUAAUGAAGAUAGUUUCUAUUCUUGUCUAUGAGGAAAGAAAUUAUUAGUCCAACCUUAGUCUUAAUUUCCCUAAUUAAGAGGUCCAAGAACAUAUCCAUUUCUAAUUACUCAAUUCAUUGCCCUUAUUUGCAUCAAUCUUUAGAACACUUAAUUUUUGGACAUUAAUCUUUAAAUUGAACCUAGCUCUUACUUAUAAACUGGCAUAAUUUAGAACACAACCACUUUCCUAUAUUGAAAAAGCUUCCAACGAUUAGCGAUAGCCCGUGACUAAAAUUAAAUUAAGAGACUUCUCCGCCAUUCCUCAAGAGACACGAUACUCGGGGAAAAACCGAAAGGUUAGACUCUGUUUUACUACAACGCCGCGAAAGCGGUUAUCAAAGUACCCCGAACCAUUAAAUAUUUUCCUCUCCCAUGCGACGAAUUACUUAGACUUAGGUACAAAUUGGAGCCCUUCGACAUUCCACACUACCUUCUCCCCAACAACAUCCCACCACACCUCUGACCUCAAGUCAAACAAGCCGAGCAACAACCCGACCACCAACCGGAGCAAGUCGAGCACCAAGAGGGACAUGAACAUGCCCCACAUCACAUCCCCGAUCCCCCUCAAAACCCACCACCGCAAGACUUCUUCCAACAACUCUUGGCGGGUCAAUAAUCUCUCCUAACCGGGUUUCAAAACAUGGGCCUCGAGUACACAAAGAUGGGAGGGCAAUUCGCCCAACUUCAAGAAGAGAUAGGCCACUACCGGGAGGAACAACGGGAAAGAGACCGGCAAUUUGAUGAAUUCCAGGCGGAGCAACAAGCGGCAUUUCAAAGGAUGGAGGAACAACGAGUGGCCGACAUGCAACGGUAUGAAGAAGACUACCGGAGGAUGUAUGGGCCCACAUAUUCACACAUGUCCCACCUAGCCGGUUUUUCAUCUAUGACUUCACCACCACCAGCACCUUCUUGGUAUAACCCCUCCGAUUGGGGUAGUUUUGGUGUUUCUAGUUCCGGCGGUGGAGGGUACGAUGGCGGGGACAUGACUAUGGGAGAGGGAGGCGGUGAUGAUGUUCAUGAGAGCGGCUUUGGAGGAGGCUUUUAGGGCGGUCCCGGAGGGUACUAGGGAUAGUGUCAUGCCUCAAGUGUGGAGGAGGAAGAUUCAUCUCUUGGACAUCAUCUCUUGGAGAAGAAGAUGAAGAAAAGAAGAAGAAGAGAAAAAGAAGAAGUAAGGAACAUAGAAGACCCUUAAACCCAAGGAAAUGUUGUUUUGUAAACUCAUUUACAAUACUUGGUGGUCUUAGUUUCUUAUUUUUUACCAUCUUUGAACUUAUGAUCUUUUGAUGAAAAUUGUAUAAACAUUUGGUUUUACUUGAGGUCGAGUAAA